AUGUGCACAGAAUGCUUCCUUGUAGUGAAGGGUCCUGCUACUCACAGCAUUGAAUGUUGUCCCUUCUGUGUGACUACUGGAGCGUCUGUGGAGUACCGGGGCAGGCGCACUACUGAGGAGAUUUUGAUGGACAUGGAGGAAGAUCAGAAGGCGAUUGAGGCAGAGAUUAAGGCAAAAAGAGGAAAGAAGGAUGCAUGUGCUGCUGCUCUUCCUGUUACGCCUGCGCGAUCCACAGCCGAAGCAGAAGCCGAAAUGCAUGACCACACGUCCUCCUCUGCUGUAGACCUGUCCAACGAAGAGGAGCAGAGGGCAAUUGAAGAGGAGAUCAGAAGGAUCCAGGAACAGGAGGCGUACGCUGCUAGCCUGGUUGAUAUGGACGAGCAGAGGAUGAUAGAAGCAGAGAUUCAGCUGCGCCGGGAAGAGGAGGCGUAUUAUGCGCUUCUAGCUGGCCAGGUAGCAGCACUGGACGACCCUGAUAGUGCGGCUCCUGCAGCAGAAGCACCCAAUCUCUCAGACAACCCAUCCGACAAUCCUCCUGGUUCUAGUGCCGCAGAUGCUACAUUGGAUGCUGCUGCUGCUGCCGGUGCUUCGUCUGAAGCAGACGAUGCUGAAGAUUCUGACGAGGAAGUUAUUGAUGAGGAACAGGUGGAGGCUCCAUCAUCAUCCGCGCCUGCAGUGGGGAAUGGCGACUCUGUACCAUCAGGCUCAAAGGACUCUGCAACAUCGGCAGCACCAGCAGCUGCAACUGUGGUUGCGUAG